AUGACCAUCCUUGAUGGAUAUAUUUUAACAGACAACUUGGAUGUUAUCAGAAGCGAUGUUUUUUCUAGUUAUGAUUUACCUCUACGAUCACAUCAUUAUCAACAUGAAGAUUUGAAUAAUGUCAUUAAAACUGAUAUUGUUGAAUCAUCUAAUAAUCUCAAGCAUACAGACACUUCCUUGAACUCUAUAUUGGAAGACUCGGAUAAAGAUAAAGACUACAUACCACCUGGUGAAAAUAAGAGACGUUUGGGAGAAUUUGAUGAUGACUUAGAAGUUAAAGUAAUCAAUAAUGAUUCAACUGUAGAUAUGCAUUAUUCAGAUAAUGAACAAAAUAUUGUAUCUUUGAUGGACUACCUGUGUGAUAAAGUUUGUCAAGCACCAUUACCAUCAAUCAUAGUCAAGUAGUGAGACAGAGUAUUCAGUUGAACUUUAUACAAAGUCUGAGAAGC